AGCUUCAUCGUCAUCUUUAUUCUUGGCCCUGAGUCCCAACUUGUAGAGUCCACCAGCGACAAUCCCGCCAACGACGGGUCCAACCCAGUAAAUCCACUGGUCAGUCCAGGAGCCGAGGAUCACCGCUGGGCCGAAAGACCUCGCGGGGUUCAUGCUGCUUCCAGUGAGUGGAACAGCUGCCAGAUGGGCCACCGUUAUUGUCAAUCCGAUCGCCAGCGGAGCCCAGCCGGUCGUGUCCCGACGCUUCGAGUCAGUCGUUGCAUGGACCACCAGCACCAGGAGAAACGUUACUAUCGCUUCCAUCAGAAUACCCUGACCACUGUCCACUCCAUCACUCAGGGUCGUCGCUCCUAUUCCACGAGAUGUCGUGGGUCCAGAAAAAGAAGACAAUCUAAUAACUUUUCUAACUUGAAGAAAAACAGAAACAGAUAUAGCACUUGGGGCCCGAUGGCCCCUCAUAUGCUCGGACCCGGCAACCCAGUUCUCAUACACGACAGCAAGGUCUUCAGCAGCCCCGGGCUAUUCUUUGAGCACAUAUGCGCUAACAUGUUACCUAUUGCG